AUGCUGCUUGUGCUGCUGACGCUCUCGUGGCUGCCAUCGGGAGGCGCCCUAUCUCUGGCCCAGGAGCGCGUCCCGGUCCUCCCAGGACACUCAGAUGCACACUCCAGUCCGAAUGUCUCCAGACUCCGGGAGUUGCGGAAACGCUACGAAGAUUUGCUGAGCAGGCUUCGCGCAAACCAGACCUGGGAAGACUCGAACCCCGACCUCAUCCCUGUCACUCAAGUCCAGAUACUUACCCCAAAGCUGAGACUCGGGCCAGGCGGCCACCUGCACCUGGGCAUCCCCCGGGCCAACCUGACUAAGGGGUUCCCCGCAGCCUCCCGCCUGCAUCGGGCCCUGCUCAGGCUGUCUCCGCCGCACUCGGGCUCAUGGGAUGUGACGCGACCCAUGCAGCGUCAGAUCGGCGUCGGUAUCUUCCGGGAGCCCGCACUGCGCCUGCAUCUGCUGCAGCCGUCUGAUCAGUUGUUGGCGGCAACUUCCUCACCGCUCCGCUUGGAGCUGCACUGGCAGCCACGUGCCCGCAGGGGGCGCCGCAGCACGCAUGCGCGCGCUCCGGACGGCUGCCCGCUGGGGGAAGGGCGCUGCUGCCGCCUGCUGAGCCUGCGCGCUUCGCUCGACGACUUGGGCUGGGCCGACUGGGUAAUGGCGCCGCGCGAGCUGGAUGUGCGCAUGUGCAGCGGUGCGUGCCCGAGCCAGUUCCGGUCGGCUAACAGGCAUGCGCAGAUGCUGGCGCGUCUGCACCGCCUGAAGCCUGAGGGCGCUCCGGCGCCGUGCUGCGUGCCCGCCAGCUACGAGCCCGUGGUGCUCCUGCACCGGGACAGCGAGGGCCGCGUGUCACUCACGCCCUACGACGACCUCGUGGCCAACGACUGCCACUGCUUAUGAGUGGACCUAGGACUCCGCUGGCGGCACGUGCACAGUGGAGGUGACCUCAGUCCCUGCCUGUUGAAUGGAAUGGGUUCGUGGCACCUGAAGUAUC